AUGUCGACUACAGGCUCCCGCUCGCCCUCGCCCUCGCCUGCCGCCAACGCUGACGACGCAGGCAGCAAACACAGCGUAGACGGUAAGCAGCCAGCGAGCUCAUCCCGCUCCCCCUCACCACACCCCAAGCUCGACGCCGAGUCGCCCAGCACGCCCGCGAACCCUGCACCCUCGGACCCUGCGGCCGCUACGGACAGCGCAGGUGCCAGUCAGAAUGCCACUAGCAUUAGCACGGGCUCCGGUGUAACGGGCGUCACCGCCGCCAACGGCGACUGGCAGGCCAUCUGGUCCCCUGCGCACAACGCGUACUACUUCUACAACGCGAAGACGCAGGAGACGACGUGGGCGAACCCGCUGCAGCCCGCCGCGUCUGCCAGCGCGUCCCCAAGCCCAAGCGCAGGCUCCCCAGGCCCGUCUGCAUCGACGUCGUCCAUGUAUGAUCUGCAGGCUGCGGCCGCCGCCCAGGGCAUCGACCCGGCGCUCGCCUUCCUCGACCCAUCGCUCGCUGCGGGGCCGUCCAACCCCGCGGCCUUCACGUACUCCGCCAAGUUCAACGCGCGGACGGGGGCGUUCACACGGCCAGACGGGCGCGACCCGUCGCACUUGUCAGAGUACGAGCGUGCAAAGCGCAUGAGCGAGUUCUAUUUCGACGUCAACGCGUGGGAGCACGAGGUCGAGGCGCGCAAGCUCGAGGAGGCGCAUGAGGAGGAGACUAGGAAGCGCAAGCGGCCGACAAAGAAGGACUUGCCCAGGCGACUGACUUUCUCGAUGCAGGAGCGCUUCAAAGAACAGAAACGGGCGAAGAAGAUCGCAAAGACCGCUUGGUUGCGUACAUAG